UUUCAGAAAAUGGUUUCAACAAUUCCAACUCUUCGCCUCUUUUACCGAUUAUUUAUUAUCAAAAGAACAGCAACAAGACUAGCUUCAUUAGAUACCUCAAUAGCCUCAUCAUCUUCUUCGCCAAAUAAAUUUAAUCGUUAUGAUACAAAUUUGAAAUUAGUUGAAGCUUUGAAUAAUGAAAAUUUUGAUCAAAUUGGAAGUCCAUUAAUUUUGGGAAAUAAAACACAGAUUAAAAAUACAACUCGAACAAGUGAAUUGGAACCAAUGGAAAAAUUAAUAGAAAAUUGGGAAUGGAAAGAACAUAUUGAAGAAAAUUUGAAUAGAAUAAUUGCAGAGAAGCCUAUGAGUAAGGAAUGUAAGGAUUUGUUAAAUAAAGAAAAUUUUUGUUAAUAAAUCUGAGGUGGCAUUUGGGCUCUCGACAAAACUAAAUAAAUCUAAAACUAAAUUUUGAUUUUAUUUUUAUAAUAUGCUGGCUUUAGGACUGAUCAUUUGAUCCUAUAUAAAGUUUCAUUCUCUGAAAUAUGUUCUAGGAUUUUUAACUAAAGACCGGACUGGCGGGGUAGGGUUGGGGGUGUGGUGAGUAAAUGGAUGAAUUGAGAGGAGUUGUGGGGAGGAAAUUGAUAACAUCGAAGAAUAUCGACCACGAUGACCUUGAUUUUUUCGAGAGCUUGUCUCGGUCCAAUCUCUACUUUUAACACGAAGCAUAGGAUCGGAAAUUAGUGUGGCCAAUAAAAUUUGCUUUCCUCUACAUUU